AUGGGGAUUUUAUCUAAAAAUCCUGCUCUGCAAAGUCUCAGUGGGCGGACUUUUGAAAUUGGACAUUUUAAAAUGAAGACUACAGUCCUUAUUGGCGUGUUCUUUAUUGCUGUAACGAUGGGGGCUUUUGGGUCUGGAGAAACACAGCGACCUGAACACCAUCAACGGAUAAGAAGAAUGUCAAGAAGAUGUGUUGAUGAAAAUGUAAUUGACUGCCCGGUGUGGGCUCAAUUUGGAUAUUGCACACAUAGAAUGAAACGAUUUACAAUUUGGAUGAGAGCGCACUGUAUGAGAAGUUGCGGAGUCUGUCAGUCGCAUGUUCAAUUAACAACAACAACAACAACAACAACGGCCCCAAUAACGACAACAACAAAUUUAACAACGGAAACAACAAAACUAUCCUCACACACUGCACCUAUAGAACAAAACACAACAACGAUAUCAUUUUCGGCUAAAAGUAGACCAAGUACAGCUGACAAUACGUCGAUAUUUACAAGACCUGAAGCAGUAACAGACGCAAUGACGACAGUAGCAACUACAAAUGAUAAAACAACAGCACCAACAACGGUAAACUCAACAACAAGUACAAGCUUUGGGACAAGCACAACAUUCGUGGGAGUUUUAAUAAAUUCAACAGAAACAAAUUCUACCAAGUUGCUGUUAAAAGGAACAACUGAGCCUUCAAGAACAUUAAAUACAGCUGAAAACAUAACAGUGCGUGAAGUUGUAAUUAACGGGCGUUCUCCGACAGAAGAAACGACUACAAGUACCAGAACACCGACAGUAAUAAAUGCACGACCAAUUGCAGAAAACACAAACACAAUAAGGUUACAACGUUACAAUGAAAAAUCACGCGAGUCUUUGUUAAGGAAUUGUUUUCCAACAAAUUGCGGUUUACGUAACAAUGAAAGAACAUCAGUAGAUGCGGUGCCAAUGAAUGUUAGGAAGAUUGCUGGAGGUCGAAGGGCACGAAAGGGCGAAGCUCCUUGGCAUGGAAUGCUGCUGACUAGGACGAGAGGUAAUUUCAAAUACUGCGGCCUCAGUGUCAUCUGUUCUAAGUGGUUGCUAACAGCGGGGCAUUGCGUUUCCAAUAUCGCUCAAAUUUACAGGAACAGAUCGGUCAGUAUUACAAUAUACGUUGGCAGGUAUAGAGGUGUCUAUGGAUUCAUAUCACGCACCACGCAAGUGUUUGAUAAGUUUGACAUAAAAGAUAUUGUCGUUCAUCCGGUUUUUACGUCCAGGCCAAGAUAUGUCAACGAUAUUGCGUUGAUUAAAUUAAGGUCAGCAAUCCAGUUUAACGAAUUUGUUCACCCGGUGUGUAUUCCAUAUUAUAAUCCGCUCCGGCAAGGUGAGGCUCUCAUUGCGUUUGGUUGGGGUGCUACAUUGGGCCGAGGCCCGAGCUCAAACUAUUUAAAGCAAGUUGAAUUAAAAUAUCUUCCGCAUGAAAAUUGCCAAGAUUCGGUUUGGGGUCUCGGGAGAAACGGAACAUUUUGCGCAAAAGGAGAAUUGGACAAUGAUACUUGCUACGGGGAUUCGGGUGGUGGCCUGGUACGAAAGCGGGGAAACAAUGGAGCUGACGUCAUAUAUGGCAUCACAAGUUAUGGGACACAUCAUUGCAACACUCGGCGCCCACUAGCGCCUAGCGUUUACACGGAUGUUGCGUUUUAUCGAGAGUGGAUUGAAAGUGUAACGAACGGGUGUUGCGACACCUAGUAGGAUUCGCUUUAAGUUAAUUCACUCGCAUGGUGUCACUGUUGCGACAUGUUUUAAUCGUUUUAUAUUCUAUCGCUUGUUGUUGUAAAUUAUUAAAAUAAAUUAACGUA